UGCGCAAAUUGUGCGCAGUGUCUAUGUUCACGGAUACUCGCAGAUGUGGAAGCCGAAGCUAGCGCUGCUGCUGAUAGCAGCCGUAGUUUAACAUUUAGAUGUGUCUUAACAGGAUGUGGCGAGCUUUCUAACAGUAAAAUGUUAGACAGUACAGUUAGUGAAGGCUUUCUACUAUUGCAAGGUCAUGUCAGCUUUUUUUUUUCCUCCUUCUUGCCGGAGACCGCAAGCUUCGCCUCUCGGGGUAGAGCUAGCUUAGCUAGCCGCUAGCCCCAUCUCAGCCGGUCACCUAUGAAACUGCAGAGUUAGCUAACGAAACAGUGGAUUUUUUUAUUUUUUAUUAUUUUUCAGUGACUUUUCUUUUGCCAAAAAAAGGAAUAUUGUUAUCUUCAGUAAAUUAGAGGGUUUUUCCCAGCGAGCUUUCCAUAGUAAAGCUGUUUGUGAAGUGUGUCUCCGGAGCUAGGAGUGUAGAAGUGGACCGCAGGGGUGUGGACUGGUAUGAGACAAAUAUUUAACCAGUUAACUAACCAGCUAGCCAGUGGCUAGCGAAAUAUCUGGCGAGAAGCUAACUGGAGAGCUGAACCAUGUUGUCCUCGUUUGGAAUCUGUGAGCAGAACUGCCUGGCAACGGUAAAGGGACAUGAGCUGAGGGCGGGGCAGCGAGAACCUCGACUCUUGUCUCUACUGGAGAGUUCAGGACAGUUCACGUUGAGCGUUUUGGCAAAUCCUGAAGCAGUCAUAUCCAGUCCGGUACCCCAGCUCUCCAUACCGAUCAAUAGGCAUUUUCACGUAGUACGUGAAGCAGAGGAGGCUCUUCUCAUUGACCUCUCAAUAAGCACGACGCUCAGGAUCCGUAUUCGAGGGGAGCAAGCUCCAGAGCUCCUGUUGGAGUUACAGGACGAUGAGCGCAGUCAGACUUUUUUCCAGCAAGUGAUGAAGGCUAAGCACCAAGUUGAAGGAAAAAGUUCAUUAACAAAGAAGAUGGAGCCUGUUGUUCCUGCCCCACCUAAAGGCUCUGUCCCAAUCCCCCCUCAGAGAAGCAUCUCCAAAGCAGCAAGCAAUUCCUCCAGGGCGGUGCUACAAGGCAAUACCAACAGUAGCACUCCAGGAAAGCCUUUAACCGCUGAUUCUGUAGACUCUUCAGGCCAACUGGUGACAGACUUUGGUUUUGAGGAUCAUUUCAACCAUGGUUUAAAAGUCGAGGAAAAGAAGAAUAGACAAAAUCGGAUAGUUGCCCCGAGAGAAGCCCCUCCUCCUCCCACGCCUCCCCUUCCUCCUCGGAAAGGCAGUUACACCCCCUCAGUUGCCCCUCCUGCAGGCCUACCUCCCAAAGAUAGACAGCCUCAAUUACAAAUGGCCACGCCUGUCAGGCAAGAGUAUAAUCACUCUACAGACCGAUCCAACUCUUGGUCGAACAGUCCAACUACACAAACCAUGAGGCAGGCUAUGUUAAGUAGCCAGACAGGCCAGAGAGAGGGCCUUCUCAGAUACCGUUUGGGCAAGAAGGAGAAGGAGUAUGUGGACAUCCAGAACUUUAGGUUUUUUGCAGGCACGUGGAAUGUGAAUGGUCAGUCUCCUGAUAGCAGGCUGGAUCCCUGGUUGUGUUGUGACCCUGAUCCUCCUGAUGUGUAUGCAGUGGGGUUUCAGGAAUUGGAUUUGAGUACAGAAGCAUUAUUGUACAUGGAUUCAUCCAGACAGCAACUCUGGGUUGAUGCAGUGGAGCGGAGUCUUCAUCCCAAAGCCAAAUACAGACAAGUACGACUUAUACGGUUAGUUGGUAUGAUGCUGGUGGUGUUUGUCAAAAAGGAACACAAAAACCACAUCAGUGAAAUUGCUGCUGAGACUGUUGGAACGGGCCUAAUGAACAAAAUGGGAAAUAAAGGAGGUGUGGCAGUGCGGUUUGUGUUUUACAACACCAGCUUUUGCAUUGUGAACUCCCACCUGGCAGCCCAUGUCGAAGACUUUGAGCGACGCAACCAGGACUAUAAGGAGAUCUGUGCGCGCAUGAGCUUUCACCUCAUGGAGCAUCCACCUCUCAGUAUAGUCAAACACGAUGUGGUAAUUUGGUUGGGAGAUCUGAACUACAGACUGUUUUUACAUGAGGCAGCUGAGGUAAAGAAGCUCAUUGCUGAGAAUGAGUUGCGGCGGCUUCAGGAGUACGAUCAGCUGAAUAUCCAGAGGCAGACUAAACGUGCCUUCACUGACUUUAUGGAAGGAGAAAUAGGUUUUCUCCCCACUUACAAAUACGAUGCAAAAUCAGACCGAUGGGACUCGAGUGGUAAAUGUCGAGUUCCUGCCUGGUGCGAUCGUAUUUUAUGGAGAGGUAAUAAUGUCAAGCAGUUGUGCUACCGCAGCCAUAUGGAACUGCAGACCAGUGACCACAAACCUGUCAGCUCUGUUUUUAGCAUCGGGGUGAAGAUGGUAAAUGAGCAGCGUUAUAAGAAGGUAUUUGAGGAAAUAGUUCGUGACAUGGAUAGGAUGGAGAAUGACUUUCUACCCUCUUUGGCACUGACUCAGAGAGAGUUUCACUUUGAGAAUGUGAAGUUUCGCCAGCUACAGAAGCAGAGUUUUCUUAUUACCAAUGACGGUCAAGUGCCCUGUACAUUUGCCUUCAUCCCCAAACUCACAGACUCCCAGUAUUGCAAACCCUGGUUACGAGCUGAUCCUAAUGAUGGUGUUCUUGACCCUAAUGAGACCAUGGAGAUAUCCUUGGAGGUGUAUGUGAGUAAAGACUCAGUAACUAUGCUCAACUCAGGAGAGGAUAAAAUUGAGGACAUCUUGGUGUUGCACUUGGACCGGGGGAAAGACUAUUUCAUCACUGUGUCGGGGAACUACCUGCCCAGCUGUUUCGGAACCUCUCUGGAGACGUUGUGUCGUAUGAAGAAACCCAUCCGCGAAAUUCCCAUCACCAAGCUCAUCGACUUGGGAGAAGAUAGCUACAUGGAGAAGGAGAAAUCCAAGGUGAACUUCCUAUUGGACAGUGGCAACACAGAGGACAAACCAUUAAAGAUCCCCAAGGAGAUCUGGCUGCUUGUCAACCAUCUUUUCACCAAGGCCUGUCACCAGGAGGACCUUUUCCAGACCCCUGGCCUGCAAGAUGAGUUGCAGAGUAUCAUUGACUGUUUGGACACCAGUAUUCCAGACUCCAUCCCUGGCAGUAACCAUUCAGUAGCUGAAGCACUGCUGAUCUUCUUGGAGGCUCUGCCUGAGCCCGUGGUGUGUUAUGAACUCUAUCAACGCUGUCUGGAAUGCUCACAUGACACUCGUCUCUGUAAACAGUUAAUAUCACAGCUCCCCAGAGCACACCGCAACGUGUUCCGCUACCUAAUGGCCUUCCUGAGGGAGCUGCUAAAGCAUGCAAUCGACAACAACCUCACUGCCAACCUCAUAGCUACCCUCUUUGCAAGCCUUCUCAUCAGGCCUCCACCAAACCUCACAAGCAGGCAGACCUCAAACGAUCGGCAGAGGGCCAACGAUUUCAUCUUAGGCUUCCUAAUGAGCAGCGAUGAGGACUGAGGAGCUCCCGAGAGAUCACGGGUCAUAACUUUUCAUCCAGGUGCAGGUGGUGCCCUGGUGAUGGCAGUGUGUGUGCGUGUGUAUGAGUGUGUGUGUGUGUGCGCGCGUGUGUACGUGCACAGGUGUGUGAAUGACUUAUUAGACGUUGGGCCCUCCCUGCACUACCAUACCGAUUUUAAAAAUGGCAGCACCUCUUUUGCACAAACGCUGCAAUUGGCUCUAAUAUUCUUUUUGUUUAGUAGAGCCUUCUCCAGUGCUUAAAUGAAGCAGUUUCAGGUCAAACUGGUGUCGCUCUGAGAGUUACGGCUCCUUAUUAUUUGGCCUUGAGACCUUUAUGAGGAUUUAUGUAUGAACCUUUUUUUUUUUUUCCUUUCCUUUUUCAGAUGUUUGACUUUUCAGAAAAUUUAAUGCCAAAACCAAAAACUGUUAUUUGUGUGUAUGUAUGUGUGUUACAUGCAUCUGAAGAGAGCCGAUAUGAAUUGACUUGUACACUAAAUACAACCAGUAAGGAAA